AUGGUUCCUUCCACCCAGCCGCGGUACCACCCCGUAGACCCAUCCACUUUCUUCAUGAUGGACCGUGAUACGCUGGACUUCAUGUCCCAGGAAUCUGAGGUGCGGUGCGCUUUCUGCCGCAGUCCUAUCCGCCUGGCCCCUCUCGUCCUGGUGAGGCCUAUUGACCCUCAAGAGGCGGCCGAGGAAGGGGGCAAGGACAGCUUCAAAUAUUCUUCGUCGACAGAGAUUCUCAAUGGGACAGCAUAUCUGUCUGGCGAAGGAUUCUACGUUGGCAACACAUUUGGGAACUGGACUGAUGGCGACAUAAACAUCCCAGAGGCAGAUCGCAACCCUCCAUGCUACCGGAGCAACGAACGCCAAGAGACGAAGAGAGUCUGCUACCCGUUCCACUGCUCGUGUUAUCGCCUAUUUUCCAAGUGCGCAUCGGGUUCGUUUGAUGCGGAACUAGAUCCGGAUCGACUAUACAAAUCCAUUUCGGACUCCGUCUCCCAGUGGCAUCCCAUGGAUUUGAAUCUACCAUACGCAAACAAUGGGCUGGAGUUCUAUCAUGAUGUUGACGUUUCACGGUUCCGGACGUUACUUGGAACUGAACAGCUUGUCUGCGACCCGAUGUCUUGCGACGAGGUAAUGGAGUAUCUGAAAGAGGUGCUGCAAGAUCCGAGAUUUCGUCGUAUCCUUCCUGGCGAUCCCGUGGCCGGCGUUCCCCGGCUACGUCAGAUCGGGUAUGGCAUCCGACGUCUCUACAAGAGUCGUGCCGCACCCUAUGGCCUAAGGAACCGUCCAGAGAAAGACCCAUUCUCUGUCUUACCGUUCGAGGUGCUCUUGGGCGUCUGCCAACACCUAGCCCUCCGCGAGGCCUUGCUCCUCCUCCAUGCAUCGCCAUGGUUGUACCGAAACAUGCGUCAUAGCAUCGAGUUCUGGUUUGCCGCGAUGGCAAGGCACCUGCCGUGGUUCUUCGAGAUUCGGGAAAUUAUAAAGUGUGGAGACUCUUGCAUUCAUGGCGUCGAUUUAUAUGCUGUCAUUCUCUGGGCAUUCGAGGUAUCCUGGGGCGCGCUGAGACAGUCGGAGCCGGGUGAGGCACCACGGUCAUUAUGGGAGAGACCGCAUGCGAUUCUCGCAAAUAGGAGGCGUAUUUGGCAUGUCUGCGAGAAGCUCCGGAGAUUCUAUCGUCGAGAGUUUCCAUCUAAUUACGUUGCCGCGAGUUAA